AUGAAAGCAAUUCUCUUCGGAUUAUGCUUAUUCGCACUUGCAUCAGCAAAUGGCUUGGUCGAAACAAAGCUUGCAACACUUGGAGGAAACAUUGGGAGUAAUUGUGAUCCAUCAUUAACCACAUACAGCGUCACAGCUUUCCUUGUCACACCUUGGCCUCCAACAAAGAAUGUUUACCUUAAUCUCAACAUGACAGGGACAGUCAGCCAAGCAGUAACUUUCCAAGAAAUGGACAUUUUCGUCACAUUCAAUGGUGUUAACUUCUACCAAGAAACUGUUAAGGAGUCAGGCACUUAUAAAGCUGGACAAACAGCAACUGUAAUUUUCAAGGUAUUUUUACCUGGAAUUGCUCCUAAUGGAAAAUACGGUGUCAUUACCAAGAUUAAAGAUACUGCAGGCGCUUACCUUAAUUGUUGGCAAGUUGCUUUCUCUUUAAGUUAA